AUGAAGGAAAAUUAUCGACCCCUGCAAAAGUAUCUUAACACCGAUGAAACGCUGUCGCGAACGUAUAGAGAUGAUGGAAAAAGUGAUGAAAAUGAUAAUGACAAUAGAGCUAAUGAAGAACUUGAUAGCGAGGAAGAUCCUGGAGAAUUCAGACGUCAGGAGAAGGUUGAUGAUAAAAAAAAUUGCACUGAUGAUUUUUCGAAGACCGGAGAAUCCAGUUCCGGAGAACGGAAUAAAGGAAACCCGUACACAGUGUUCAAGGGCAAAUAUAAACAGAACUGGCUUUGGAAUCACUUUAUGGAUGGUGAUCAUAUGAAUAUAAACCCGUACGGACCUCAGUUCAACUCCUUAGGCCCAUCGGGAACGGAAUUGUUUUUCAACCGAAAAUGGUGGUAUUUUAAUCAAGAUGACUUCAAGCCGUUUAGAUAACAUAAACUAACCAUUGCAAACAACGAAGAAAAAAUAACGAAAAUAAAUAAAAUCAGAAUUAUCUGAUCCGUCAAAUGUGUUUUCAUAAGUACAUAAAUAUAUGUAUCAAAAAUGAUAAUAAUUUACUUGCUAACAGCAAUUUUAUAUAAUUAUAAUAAUAUUACGAAUGUGUGGUGUAUCUAUUAAAUAAUGUGUAAUGUGUAUCUAAAAAAGACUAGGUAAGUAGUGUAAUUAUGUUAGGUACCCUACCCAACUGUUAUAAGUACCUUAAUUUAAGCAAGUUACAAUAAAAUCUGCAGUGUUGUCGGCUUUUUAUAUUCCUACGCGAUUCUCGUAUUUUAACCUAUCACACAAUAAUUAUAAUAUUUAAAAAAAGUUACGUGUCUUUGUUUACAAGAAAAAUAUGUACCAACAUCCCUAAAAGUCCUGAUAAAAAUGUAUGGAUUUGACAUAAGGGGACAAUACAUAUCAAGGCCAUAUUUUUUAUCACUAUAUAUGUCAUAUUCUGUUUGCUACUCGCCUGAGCUAGGGCCUUAUAUCAUGGU